AUGCGGGCGGCGUCGCCGGCGGCCCUGCUGGCGGCCGUGGGCGCGCUGGCGUGGCUGGGCCCGCCGCCGGGCCGCUUCGCGACGCUGGCCUCGGCGCAGGCCCUGUGGACGGCGUGGCUGAGCGUGUCGUACAGCCUGCCCGGCAGCAACGAGACCAUCCGGACGGUGGGCGAGAGCGGCGUCUUCGGGCAGGACUCGCCCCUGCGCGGGGCGGCCGGGCAGCUGGUGGCGCCGGACGGGCGCGACGGCCUCAACGCCUGCAGCCCCCUCGCCAACUUCAGCCGGGCGCCUCGCGACGAGCCCUGGCUCGCCCUCAUCCAGCGCGGCGGGGGCUGCACCUUCGCCGAGAAGAUCCGCCUGGCCGCCCAGCGCGGGGCCCUCGCCGCCGUCAUCUACAACUACGCCGGCGGGACGGGCAACGACGUGCAGCCCAUGACCCACCCGGGUACAGGGGAGACCGUUGCUAUUAUGAUCAGCAAUCUUAAAGGGAGAGAAAUCCUUCAUAGGAUGACAGAGGGCUUCCAAGUGACCAUGGUUAUUGAAGUGGGGAAAAAGCAUGGAUCGUGGAUGAACAGCUACUCCAUCUUCUUUGUUUCGGUGUCCUUCUUCAUUGUAACAGCGGCCACAGUAGGAUACUUCAUAUUUUAUUCUGCUCGAAGGCUUAGACUUGCAAGGGCUCAGAACAGGAGACAGAGACAGCUGAAAGCAGAUGCCAAAAAGGCUAUUGGGCGGCUUCAGCUACGUACACUGAAACAAGGAGACAAGGAAACUGGUCCUGAUGGAGAUAGCUGUGCUGUGUGUAUUGAAGUGUACAAACCAAAUGAUGUCGUACGAAUUUUGACAUGCAACCAUCUUUUCCACAAGAGCUGUAUUGACCCAUGGCUGCUGGAACACAGGACUUGUCCCAUGUGUAAAUGUGACAUUCUCAAGGCCCUAGGAAUUGAGGUGGACAUAGAAGACAGAGUGGAGUCUUUCCCACCUACAGUGUCCAAUCAAGCCUCUAACAUCCCAUCUGUUAAUGAAGAAGAUAGCCGUAGUGAGACUGCAUCAUCUGGGUAUGCUUCCGUACAGGGAGCAGAUGAGCCAGCUGUUGAGGAGUCUGCUCCUUCUGAGAGUGACAAUCUCCGUCUUGUCAACAGCACAUCCCAGCCUCCAGCUGUCGAUGUGCUUCCGCACCUUGACAAUCCAGGUUUUGAAGCAGAUGAAAUACAUGCACGUGAUGCAAAGUCCUAAAUGGCUGUUGCAACAAAACCGCUAGCUGCUUUGUCAUGCCAGCAUCAAGCCAUGUCAACUCUGAUAAAGCUCAUGUAGCAGCAAUGUUGCCUUGAUGAUAUUGAGUUAAAAUACACGAUUUGAGAUUGCAGUUACAUGGAAUGACC